CAUAAUUGGGCAUUGUCCUUGUAACCGAGACAAACUACACUCGGGCAAAUUUAAAUUACUUAAAAAGUAAUUUUGAUCCACUUUUUAAGCUUAGACAAACUUUGCUAUAAAAUGGAGAAGACAAGAAAACGUCCAUGCUGCUAUAAUUUUUCUUUCAUCAGCAUUUCCUUCCUUUUAAUUCCCAAAACAGGUUUCAAUUAGGGCUCCCUUCUGCGCAAAAAUGGUGGAUUUGCUUGGAGGGGGUGCUACAGGUGUAGCUUUUGAUCAUCUAAUGCAAGCUGUAUUAGAUGUAACAGUUAAAGUAGCGGGUUUCAAUUCUGAACUCGACCACUUGAAAUCGACUCUGAUUUCGAUCAAACCGUUUAUCGACGACAUAGAGAAGCUAAACAGAGUGCUGAACUGCCGACAACAGGGAGCAGAGGCGCUCGCCAAUCUGUUUUGAAAAGGCGAAAAACUCGUCCGCAAGUGCAUGGAAAUCAAAUGGUGGAAUGCAAUCAAGAAGUAUUCGCAUAUGAAGAAAUUGGAAAAGUAUGAAGCCUCGUUGCUGUGGUUUUUUCAGAUAAAUGUGCAGGUUGAGUUGUCUAGAGAUGGCAAAACUGUUGCUGUGGGAGUAAAAGUUCUUGAGGAGAAAAUGGAUAAAAUAAUUUCUACCCAAGAUAAUGGUCGUAGCGUUAACUCAAAUGGGUUUUCAGGUUGGUGUGGUGUUCCGGGAGUUCCAGAUUUUGUGGUUGGAUUAGACGCGCAGCUUCAGGAACUGAAGGGGAUGCUGUUAAAGGAUGGAGUGCCAAUUGUUGUGCUUUCGGCUCCUGGUGGCUGCGGCAAGACUACACUGGCAAAAUUGCUCUGUAAUGAUGAUGAAAUUAAAGGUAUAUAUGGGAAUAAUAUCUUCUUUCAGACAGUCUCAACAGCGCCUAACCUUCAGCUAAUGGUUCAAAAAGUAUUUCAGAGUAACAAAAACCAGCAGGUGCCUAUCUUUCAAAGUGAUGAAGAUGCAAUAAACCAACUAGAACAGUUAUUCCUGCAGCAAGUAGGACCAGCUCCCAUACUAUUAGUCCUGGACGAUAUGUGGCCAGGAUCCAAGUCACUCAUUGAUCAGUUUCUUCUUCCAAUACAUGGAUAUAAAAUCUUGGUUACAUCGAGAUUUGUGUUUCCGCAAUUUGAAUGGACUUACAAAUUGAAUAUGUUGAAUCAUCAAGAUGCAAUGACUCUAUUUCAUCAUUAUGCCUUUAAAGAUGGAAUAUGCACUGUGCAAAAAAUCUUGUAGAAGAGGUGGUCAGAGGUUGCUCAGGAUCUCCAUUGGCCCUUACAGUUGUAGGCAGGUCACUCUAUAGGCAGCCUGAGGUGAAUUGGAUUCGUACAGUUCAAAAUUGGUCCCAAGGGCAAUCAAUUUACGACACCAACAUGGUUUUGCUUAGUCGCCUCAAAACCAGCUUAGAUGCCUUGGACGGAAUGGAAGUACUCA